AUGGGUGAAGAAACACCUAAUCAAACUCAUGAAAUAUUAUUUAAUGAUUUCAUACCAUUAUCAUUUAGAGUAACAUUUUCAAUUCAUUUUGGAUUAAUAUUAUGGUUGAUAUUAAAUUUACUAUUAACUAAUUUUACCACAAUUAAUGUAUUGCAGCUAUUAAAAUUAUCAUAUACACCACAUAAUUAUACUCAUUUAGAUGAUCGACUGCAUAAUCAUGAAACUACUAACAAUCAAAAUAAUGAAUCAUUAGGUGAAUAUGCAGCAUUUUUACCUAGUGAUUCACAUGAAAAUGAUCGAUUAAUUAAAGGAAUUUGGUCAAGCUUAAAAUUUGUUUCAAUAAUUAAUAUUAUAUGUUGGAUAAUUUAUAAAUCAAUUGCUAAUAUUCCUUGGUUAGCCCCAUUAUUUUAUGCAUUACCUUUAAUUUCAUUAUUUAUGACAAUUUAUAAACUUUUUUUCAAAAAUUGUUAUUCACCAGGUCAAAUUCGAAUUUUCACUACGAUUAAAAGAAUUAUUAAAGGAAAUAUUAAUAGUCAAACUAUGAGAACUAAUGAUAUUUUAAUUAGUGAUAGUUUAGUUUCUUAUUCUCGAGUGAUAAAUGAUUUAGGAUUAGUUUUUUGGAAUUAUUGGUUUGAUAGUAAUAUUGGAUAUAAUUAUAAAUUUGAAUCAAUGAUAUUAUCGAUUCCUAGUUGGAUUCGUAUUAAACAAUGUUGGUUUGAAUAUAAAUUGACUGGUCAAAAACAACAUUUAUUUAAUUUAAUUAAAUAUUUCACUGGGUUAGGUCCAUUGUUGGUUAAUGUAUUACUUAAAAGAAUGUUAUUGAAUGCUACUGAAGAAGAAAAAACUAAUGGGGAAUUAUUACUUAAAUUAAAUCAUUUAAAUAAUUGGUUAUAUUUUGCCCUUGCAAUAAAUUCAACUUAUUCAUUUAUAUGGGAUAUUAAAAUGGAUUGGCAUUUAGAAUUAUUUGAUGGAUUAUUGGUCCUUAUCUUUCCAAGUAGAAGGAAAACUUCUCUUACUAAUUAUCAAUUCCAGAUUUUAAGGAAUCAAUUGGCAUUACCAAAAUUAAUUUAUUAUAUUGCUAUAGUGGCUGAUUUUAUAUUACGAUAUAUUUGGAUUUUAAAAUUAUUUAUAAUUAAUGAAGAAUUGAAGAAAGAGAAAAUUAAAUUUAUUUAUAUUUUUUCAACAUUUUUAUUUGGUUAUGAUGCUUAUUCAUUAGGUUAUGCUUUAGUUGAAACUUUAGAAAUAUUUAGACGUUGGAUUUGGUGUUUUAUCAAAUUAGAAUCUGAUUGGGUUGAACUUUAUAAAGAUCAAGAUUUACUGAAUCAAGAUAUUGAAUUGGAAACUAGACUUCCUAAACAAGGUUGA